AUUUUAAUUUGUUGUGUGUAAUGAUUUAUUUAGGUAAACCUUGUGUUAAUUAUAUGUUAUUUUUAUUUCUCAGAUGUUUGGUCACAAAGGUGUGAAUUAAACUUCUGUUGGGACUUACUUAUUCUCUGAAAGAACUGCCAUUGCAAUCGGGAUGGAGGCUUUGGACACUGGUCAAAGAGCUCUGGGAAGAACAUUUCAUCUGACAUUUAUCUUCAGGUUAGCAGCCCUGAAAAGAUUCCUGCAUUUCUGUUUGGCAACCGGAAACAGCAUGUCCACGUUAAAGGAGCUUUGUGGGGGUCUACCCCUUGACCCCCUUCCCCCCAACAGAGGCAGAGACCCCAGAGUCCCACACGCACCUGUCCGUACACCCAACCUUUCACCGCAGGAAGAGAGGCUGGCACUGAGGAAUGCUCUGCGGUACUUUCCCUCUUCCCUCCACUCCACUUUGGCAUCUGAGUUUGCCCAGGAGCUGCGUCAGUAUGGACACAUCUACAUGUACCGCUUCUGCCCUCCUAUCUGCAUGAGGGCGUAUCCCAUAGAUGAGUAUCCCUGCCGCACACGCCAGGCAGCGGCCAUCAUGCACAUGAUCAUGAACAACCUGGACCCUGCUGUGGCACAGUUUCCUCAGGAACUGGUGACCUACGGUGGAAACGGACAGGUGUUCAGCAACUGGGCCCAGUUCUGGCUGGUGCUACACUACCUCAGUGACAUGUCCGAGGACCAGACGCUGGUGAUGUACAGUGGACACCCCCUGGGUCUCUUCCCCAGUCUCAGCUCUUCCCCACGCCUGGUCAUCACCAAUGGCAUGGUCAUUCCAAAUUACUCCUCCAGAGGAGACUAUGAAAAGAACUUUGCUAUGGGGGUUACAAUGUAUGGACAGAUGACAGCAGGAAGCUACUGCUACAUUGGACCACAGGGAAUCGUGCAUGGCACUUUGCUGACGGUGCUGAACGCCGGGCGGCGGUACCUGAGCUCCGGUGACCUGGCGGGCCGUGUGUUUGUGACCUCUGGCCUGGGUGGAAUGAGCGGGGCUCAGGCCAAGGCUGCAGUCAUCGCUGGCUGUGUGGGGGUCAUUGCUGAGGUGGAUGAGGUUCCUCUGAAAAAGAGGCAUGAGCAGGGCUGGUUAAUGGAGGUCACCAGUGAUCUGGAGCACUGCAUUCAGCGUAUACGAGACUCAAAGAAGUCCAAGAUGGCCCUCAGUCUGGGUUACCAUGGCAACAUUGUGGAUCUCUGGGAGAGACUGGUGACUGAAUACGAGUCCACAGGGGAGAGGCUGGUGGAUCUGGGCUCGGACCAGACCUCCCUCCAUAACCCCUUUAGCGGGGGGUACUACCCAGCCAGCCUCAGCCUGCAGCAGGCCAGUCAGCUCAUGGCCACUGACCCCACCCGCUUCCGCACUGCUGUCCAUGAGAGCCUGCGUAGGCAGGUUCAGGCCAUCAACAAGCUGGCUGACGCAGGCAUGUUCUUCUGGGACUAUGGUAACGCCUUCCUCCUGGAGGCCCAAAGAGCAGGUGCGGAGGUGGAGAAGACCGGGGCAGGGAAGACAGAGUUCAGAUACCCUUCCUAUGUUCAGGACAUCAUGGGGGAUAUAUUCUCCCUGGGCUUUGGGCCUUUCCGUUGGGUCUGUACGUCAGCUGACCCCCGCGACCUGGCGCAGACUGAUGACAUCGCUGCUGCUGUCCUGGAGGACAUCAGUGCCUCAGUUUCAGAACGUGUGAGACAGCAGUACAAUGACAACAUUUCCUGGAUCCGCCAGGCUGGGAAACACAGUAUGGUGGUCGGCUCCCAGGCACGAAUUCUCUACUCUGACCAGAAAGGACGAGUGUCCAUAGCUUUGGCCAUCAAUCAAGCUAUUGCUGAUGGGAGGGUCUCGGCCCCUGUGGUGAUCAGUCGCGACCAUCAUGACGUCAGCGGCACUGACAGCCCCUUUAGAGAGACCUCCAAUGUGUACGAUGGCUCGGCCUUCUGUGCUGACAUGGCAGUGCAGAACUUUGUGGGCGAUGCCUUCCGCGGGGCCACCUGGGUGGCGCUUCACAACGGAGGAGGAGUGGGCUGGGGUGAGGUGAUGAAUGGAGGCUUUGGGCUGGUUCUGGAUGGCUCAGAGGAAGCAGCUCGGCGUGCUAGCAUGAUGCUCAACUGGGAUGUGUCCAAUGGGGUGGCACGGCGGUGCUGGUCCGGGAACGCCAAUGCCUACGACACCAUCCAGCGCACCAUGGAGGAGCACAGCCACCUGCGGGUCACCAUGCCUUUCCCUGUGCAGGAUGAGCACGUGCUGGACCGGGCCUUGCAGGGCUAAACCACAGAGUCCUUACACUCACUCAUCAGCUCCACACACAGCACAAACCACCGAGUCCUUACACUCACUCAUCAGCUCCACACACAGCACAAACCACAGAGUCCUUACACUCACUCAUCAGCUCCACACACAGCACAAACCACAGAGUCCUUACACUCACUCAUCAGCUCCACACACAGCACAAACCACAGAGUCCUUACACUCACUCAUCAGCUCCACACACAGCACAAACCACAGAGUCCUUACACUCACUCAUCAGCUCCACACACAGCACAAACCAUGGAGUCCUUACACUCACUCAUCAGCUCCACACACA